AUGCCAUGGUUCUUUGACCCCAUCUUGGUCAGUGUGCAUAUGCGUGUAUCCGAUUCACAUAGCCAGACUCCAUGGUUUCGCGACGAGCGCGGUGAGGAUGCCGCUGCAUCAUCGAUAGCAGCAUCUUCGCAGAUAGUUGAGACCGAGUUCCCGCCAAUCACAAGCGCCGGGGUAGGCGUGCUAAUCGUCAGUGUCUUGAUGCCUCUGAUAGCGACUGUAUGGACGGGAUUGAGAGUUUGGACUCGACGGCUAAGAGGCAUUUCUCCAUUUCUUUUGGAGGAUAUUCUUUGCUAUCUUGGUCUUCUUGUAUUUUGGGGCGUGGGUAUCAAUUACAUCUGCAUGGUCAUUAUUGGUGGUGGAGGCUACCAUAUUCGCCAGCUCCAGCCCAUUCACAUCACACGAUUCUCGCAAACGACCUUCGCUGCGCAGGUGCUUUAUGCUCUUGCUCUGGGCUUCACCAAGAACAGCCUCGUGUGCAUGUUAAAGCGCAUCUUCUUCACUCAAUCCUAUGCGUGGAUCGCUUAUCUCAUCCUAAGUCUUAACGUCGCCUGGAUGCUUCAGACCAUCCUGACUGGUAUCCUAAUCUGUCGACCUAUCACGAUGAACUGGGAUCCGACUGCACGGGGCCAGUGCGGUAAUCAGACGCUUGCCUUUGCGGCAGUCAGUAUUGUCGAUAUUGUCACUGAUCUGGCUAUUAUAAUCUUACCCCUCAGAUUGGUCGCAAGCUUGCAGAUGAAGAAGACCUACAAGGUUGCCCUGAUAUGCGUAUUCGGCUUCGGCCUCAUAACGGUCUUAUUCACAGCCAUCCGCCUAUACUUUGUCUUUAACCUAGACUUCACGGACAUUUCGUUUUCUUCGAUUCCCCUUACUAUCAUUGGCGUUAUUCAACUCUGCGUGGCCAAUAUGGUUGCUUCUGCACCUCUUCUGCGUCCGGUCUACGGAACAGUCUCCAUGGUCGCUCAAGGCUAG